UAUUGUUCUAUUCUCCAGUCGACAAACUAUUUUAUCACACCCACCGAACACCGCCGUCUUUCUCCAACUUACUUUCUCUCCUCCACCGACCACCACGAUUAUACCCAUUUCCACUUCGCGUCCCUAAAACGGCAACCCGAACCUAUAAUCACCAGCACCAGCACCAGCUUUCUCAACGCUUCCCAACUCCCAACUUCCUUUCGUCAUGAGGUUCCUUGGUGGUAAGCUCCUCGGCUCUAUGAGAGGGGAGAAAGAAGGCAUUAAGAAUGAAGCACGAGCAUCUGUAACCCCAACCCUCAUUUUGCGCAUCUUCAUUCGCCUCAUCCAGUUCGCACUCGGUGUCGCCGUCAUCGGUCUCUACGCACAGGAUCUAGACCGCGCCCGUAGAGCGGGCAAAUACAUCGAUGCCAAGUGGGCAUACGCCGUCGCGAUCGGAACCUGGAGCGCCCUUUUCGCCAUCGUCCUCGCCAUUGUUAAGCAAUGGUUCUUCUGCGCUAUUGAUCACCUCACUUGGUUCUUCUACCUCGUUCUCUUCGGCAUCUUCGGGAAGAUGUACAUCAGCGAGGAUCCCGAGGGCAACAAGGGCAUCAUCCGCAUGAAGAACGCGGUCUGGGUCGACCUCGCCAACAUGCUUCUCUGGAUGUUCACUGCCGCUUGGGGCACCUUCACGUUCCUCAAGGCUCACAAGGCACGAACCCAACACACCAGCCGUGCCCCCUCCCACGUCUAAACCCAAGCACCGAGCCAUCCCAACUCAUAUCUCCCUGUCUACUCGCAAAGCACUUGUGACGAUUUCUUUGCGCUGACAGGAACAUAUGCAGUGCGUACUCUGUUUCGGCGAUAACGAUGGCAUCGAGU